CAAGCGCACCGCGCACUUUUUUCCAACCAUUUCUAAUUUCGACACCGCCACGAUCGCACGUGUCAAACCGAUCUUAUUUAAAAUUUUUCAAACAUCGAACGGCUGACUUUUACCGCGUUUUUAUUGGCAGUUACAAUGAUUAAUAGUGAUGUUUAUGAAUCGUUGAGUAUCGAUACGUAUCGUCUCGUUUGCGCGUAAUAUUAUCGCAAAUUGUGCGUGAAGGAAAUAUGAAUUGAUUGUUGUCGUGUAAACUAAUGACUAUGACGCGUGUUAGCUGUUGUGUUUUAAUUGUAGUUUUAUUGGCGAUUUUUAUGGACAUUUGUGAUGGGUACAGCCCUAGAGAAUGUGGUGUUCCACUGCGGCGACACACGCGUCAGCCACGAGACCGCACUCCGGGACAGCUGCGCAUCAUCAAGGGUCGGGAGUCCAAGAGAGGAGCUUGGCCAUGGCAGGUAUCAUUACAACUGCUGCACCCAAACUACGGUCUGAUCGGUCACUGGUGCGGCGGCGUGCUGGUACAUCCCAUGUGGCUGCUCACCACGGCUCACUGCAUUCAUAAUGAGCUGUUCAACUUACCAGUGCCAGCUCUCUGGACCGCCGUGCUGGGCGAGUGGGACAGGGCUGAACAGAAGGGCGCCUACGUGCCCAUCGAGAAGAUCGUGCUGCAUCACCGGUUCCAUAACUAUCAACAUGAUAUAGCUUUAAUGAAGUUAACCAGAGCAGCAGACGUAAGCACUGGCAGUAGAAUCCGCACCAUCUGCCUACCACCCUUCGAGCCACCAGUCGACGCCUUCGAGGCAGACAAGGGCUCAUCAUUCUACCUCCGACCGGAAUCGAACACGGAACCACCACGACGAAAACCAAAGCCACCCAAACCGAAACCAGAUACCGCCGUCAAAUAUCUCGAAAAACUGAACAAUUUAACGAAGAACAUGUUCUCAGGGAUAAUGAAUAAGAAACAUAAGAAUAUGAGAUAUAACGUCAGAGUCUCUAAUGAACCAAAUAGACAGGUUGACAGAAAAAGUGGUGAAGAAUUAAGAAAAUCUGACAGUGAAAGAGGCCACAGUGAUUUAAUAUACGACAGUGCUACUUUGGAUAGUGUAGUGAAACUAAUAAGAAACAGUCUUCUAAAAGAUGAUUACAAAGUGAAUAUAAAUAGGAGUGAUAAAAAGCUUAUGUUUGGUGAAGAAAUUGAUCCUUUUAUUGAUGAUAAUAAUAGAUUAGAUUUCAAAGAUGAGUGUUACACUACUGGUUGGGGAAGAGAACAGACGAAUGGAACUCUGACUGAUGUGUUGUUGGAAGCUGAAGUGCCUGUGUUACCUCUGAAUGUUUGUAGGGAUAGAUAUGCCCUGACCCUGCCCUUGAAUGAAGGUCAUUUAUGUGCGGGGAGCACGGAUGGAAGUACGGGAGCUUGUGUGGGUGACAGCGGAGGACCCCUCCAGUGCCGGUCAGGGGGUCGCUGGGAGCUGCGAGGCCUGACCUCGUUCGGGUCCGGCUGCGCGCGGCGCGGCGUGCCCGACGUCUACACAAACGUGGCGCAUUACGUGUCCUGGAUCUAUGCUCAUGUGUAUGCUAGCUAGUGGUAUAUAUAUAACAGUGGGGGUCCUCUCCAGUGUCGUUCAGGGGGUCGCUGGGAGCUGCGAGGCCUGACCUCGUUCGGGUCCGGCUGCG